AUGGCUGGUGGCUUUGAUCCAAUUAACUUAGAGAACAUGGAGCAUUACAUUGAGUUAACUGAUCUAGCUGCUGAAUUGGACAUUGAAGACAAAAUUACAUUUAUGAAGUCUCCUAAGGAUACUGAAAAAGUUUCACUCCUAUAUCAUUGUAAGGCCCUAAUCUACACUCCAUCCAAUGAACAUUUUGGUAUAGUUCCUUUAGAAGCAAUGUAUUACAAAAAGCCAGUUAUUGCGGUAAACAGUGGUGGACCAACAGAGACGAUAGUGAAUGAUGUUACUGGAUACCUGUGUGAAGCAAACAGUGAAGCAUUUGCUAGAGCUAUGUGUAAGCUUAUUUGGGCACCAGAAUUGGUUGAAAAACUGGGAGAGGCUGGUAGAAAGAGGUUUGAGACAAAAUUUUCCUUUGAUGCUUUCACUGAGCAACUGGAUGGGAUUCUGACAAGGGAGAGGCAGAUCAUAUCAGAAGCACGAGCUAUAGAGCAUGAGAAGAAGAAGAAA